AUGCCCGACGGUGUCUAUCUAGUAGGAUACGCGGACGAUGUUGCAGCAGUAAUUACCGCACGGGAUUUAGACGCAGCAAGGCGGAAAUUUACACAAACGAUGACAAAAAUCAAGACAUGGCUCGAUUCGCAAGACCUUAGCUUAGCUCCGGAAAAAACAGAACUGAUACUAUUCACGAGAGCGCGCAUUCCUGUAGAGGUGACAAUGCCAGUCUACACACAGAACAAAACAACCUCAAAAGUGGUGAAAUAUCUGGGCAUCAAACCCGACCACAAGCUGACAUACUGGGCACAAAUCCAGUAUGCUGCUCAAAAAUCCACCAAAACAAUCUCAAGGCUAUCAAGACUAAUGGCUAACAUCGGAGGACCCAUCGCAAGCAGGCGGAAGCCGCUCACGGACACGAUGGUACCCUUUUUACUAUACGGAUGUGAAGUAUGGGCGGACACACUUAAAACUGAGUGUAGCCGCAAGAUCCUGUCCAAGGCCCAAAGAACCGCCGCCCUCCGUGUUGCUUCAGCUUAUCGCACGUUAUCAGAAGCAGCAGUACUCAUUAUUAGCGGCACGAUACCUAUAGAUCUGCUAGCGAGAGAGCGAAAAGAACUAUAG